AUGAUCGCUACCGCCUCGCUCUCCAUUGGGGGUAUCGUCAACCCCGCCGACGCCUCCCCCGCCGAUUUGCUGAGCGUUGACGCCCCCUCCGUCGCCCCCUCUCUCACCUACUCGGACGACGAUUCCGAUAGUCUGGAGGAUGAGCCCAUCAUUCCUGAGCGCCGUCGCCGCGCCUCUACCCGCCUAAUUGCCCAGAGCGCCCGCGAUAUCCAGCGUAUAACCGGAGAGUCCACUGCCGAGUUCGUCGGCCGCUGUUGCGGUGGCUCUGGCGGAUGCUGCUUGGGCUCUCGUCGCCGCGAUGUCGACUAUGAGGAUGUCCCUCUGCCUGAGAACGACGCUUUCAAGUCCCUGGCUAUCAAGCUUGGUGAUAUCCCCACCGACUUGACCGGCAUCCUCGACAUGCCUGAGAAGACGGUCUCAUUCACAUCCAUUCCCAGACCAACCAAUGUGUCCCCCGCCGACUCGGGCGUUUCUCUUGGCGACGGUGCCGAGCCGGCCCCUCAGUCGGACUACCUAUGCCCCGGCCCCGACUAUGCGGCCGUCGACACUUCCAUCCAACCUCCUCGAUUCGUUCAACCUCACCCUCCUCACAACGUCUACCCGGCUCGCAUCCACAGCACCCGCGAGUUGACCAAGCCCGGUGCCGAGAAGCGCACAUAUCAUUUUGAUCUCGACAUCACUGACUACCCCGCCGAGGAGAUGUUUGACUUCAAGGUUGGUGGUGCCAUUGGCAUUAUGGCCCCCAACUGUGACAUCUCUGUCGUGGAUAUCCUCGACGCCCUCAUGGUGCCGCGCUUCCUGCGGGACAAGCCGGUUCUCAUGAAAACCACCAGGGGUCGCUGGCCCACCGUUUGGGGUGAUGACAAGCCCCGCGAGCUCAUCACUACCCGCCGCGACCUACUUACCUGGUGUACCGACAUCCAGUCCUACGCUCCUCCCAAGCCACUUCUUCGUGUUUUGGCUGAGCAUGCCACCGCAGCCAACGAGAAGAAGAUUCUCAUGUACCUCUGUUCUAAAGAGGGCUCAAGCGCUUUCUGCGACUUCCGGGGUGGUCCUCAGGUCACCUUGUCCCAGAUCCUUAACGCCUUCCCAAGCUCCCACCCUCCUCUGGACGAGGUUCUCUCCGUCCUGCAGCCCCUAAUGCCUCGUUUCUACUCUCUGUCCAAUGACCCCACCGAGUCCUACCAGCUCCGUGACCACGCUCAGCGCCGCCUGAUUGAGAUUGCCGUCACUGUUCAUGAGUCGAUUGACUGGCUGCGUGGCUGCCGAACAGGCGUUGGCUCGGGAUUCUUUGAGCGACAGGCUCGCAAGUACAUCCGAGCUCAGAACGCUGGAGAGAAGACACCCGAGUUCUACAUUCCCAUGUUCAAGGGCCUGAUGGCGAAUCCCUUGGCCAAGCAGUUCAACUCGGACGGCCCUAUGCUUCUGAUUGGUGCUGGUGUUGGUAUUGCUCCUUUCCGAGGCUUCGUGCAGCGUCGCCUGAAGCAGGCCAACUGUGCCAACAAGGUGUGGGUGCUGCAGGGCAUCCGCGACUCGCUAGUAGACGAGAUCUACAACGGCGAAUGGGGCGUGCACGAGUCUGAGGUCAAGCGUGUGGUGCAGAGCCGAGCUGGCACUGGCCGCUAUGUCCAGGAGGAAGUGCUCAACCAGUCAGACUUGGUCUGGUACAUCAUCAACUCGCUCGAUGGACGCGUCUUUGUCUGUGGCAGUAGCAAAGGCAUGGGCGAAGGCGUCGAGGAGUCGCUUGUUGAGGUGGCCAUGGCCAAGGGCAACUUGGAGCGCGAGGAGGCUCGCAACUUCUGGCAGCUCAAGAAGGAGGAGGGCCGAUACAUUGCCGAGACAUGGUGA